AUGCCUAUUGUCAAGAUCCACGCCCGAUCAGUCUACGACUCCCGGGGUAACCCGACAGUUGAAGUUGACGUCGUCACUGAGACUGGUCUGCAUCGUGCCAUCGUUCCUUCCGGUGCAUCGACUGGCCAACACGAAGCCUGCGAGCUCCGAGAUGGAGACAAGUCCAAAUGGGGUGGAAAGGGUGUCCUGAAGGCGGUUGAGAACGUCAACUCAAUCAUCGGACCCAAGUUGAUCGAGAAGAACCUUGAUGUCACAGACCAACCCACCGUUGACAAGUUCCUAAUUGACCUUGACGGAACGGAGAACAAGACCAACUUGGGUGCCAACGCCAUUCUUGGUGUCAGUCUGGCAGUUGCAAAGGCUGGUGCUGCUCAGAAGGGUGUCCCUCUAUAUGCCCACGUUUCCGAUCUUGCAGGUACCAAGAAGCCGUAUGUUCUUCCAGUGCCAUUCCAGAACGUCCUCAAUGGAGGCUCUCACGCUGGUGGUCGUCUUGCUUUCCAAGAGUUCAUGAUUGUCCCAGACCAAGCACCUACCUUUACUGAGGCUCUCCGAUGGGGCGCAGAGGUCUACCAGAAGCUGAAGAGCUUGGCAAAGAAGAGAUAUGGACAAUCUGCUGGCAAUGUUGGUGAUGAGGGUGGCGUUGCACCCGAUAUCCAGACCGCAGAAGAGGCUCUGGAGCUCAUCGCAGACUCCAUCAAGGAAGCUGGAUAUGAAGGAAGAAUGAACAUCGCUUUGGACGUUGCUUCCAGCGAAUUCUACAAGGAGAAGGAAAAGAAAUACGACUUGGACUUCAAGAACCCCGACAGUGACCCAACCAAAUGGAUCACCUACGAGGAACUUGCAGACAUCUACAAGUCAUUGGCCAGCAAGUAUCCCAUCGUAUCGAUCGAAGAUCCCUUCGCCGAGGAUGACUGGGAGGCAUGGAGCUAUUUCUACAAGACCUCCGACUUCCAGAUUGUUGGUGAUGAUUUGACUGUGACCAAUCCUAUCCGCAUUAAGAAAGCCAUUGAGACCAAGGCUGCCAAUGCACUCCUCCUCAAGGUCAACCAGAUCGGUACCCUAACAGAAUCUAUCCAGGCUGCCAAGGAUUCAUAUGCUGCCGGAUGGGGUGUGAUGGUAUCUCAUCGUUCUGGUGAAACUGAAGAUGUCACCAUUGCAGACAUUGUCGUCGGUCUACGCGCUGGUGAGAUCAAGACUGGUGCUCCCGCCCGAUCUGAACGGCUCGCCAAGCUUAACCAGAUUCUGCGCAUUGAGGAGGAGCUCGGUGACAACGCCAUCUAUGCUGGAUCCAACUUCCGCAAGGCCAUCAACUUGUAA